AUGUUACUGAGCGGAGCUCCUCCGGCCGGCUCCGGCCCGGGGCCGCGGGCACAGGGGAACGCGGGGGGCGGCCCGGCGGGAUCGCGCCGCGGCGCCGGGGGUGCAGGAGCCGGCCCAGGAGGGGGCGGCAGCGGCGGAGUGGCCAAGUGGCUCCGGGAGCAUCUGGGCUUCCGCGGGGGGGGCGGCGGCGGCGGCGGAGGUGGGGGCAAGCCGGCGCCCCCCGAGCCGGACUACCGCCCCCCCGCACCUUCCCCGGCCGCGCCCCCCGCACCUCCCCCGGACAUUUUGGCUGCCUACCGGCUGCAGAGGGAGCGUGACUUCGAAGACCCCUACUCCGGGGGGCCGUCCAGCACAGCUGCCCUAGCCACCCCCGCCGCCCCCGGCCCCACGCCACCCCCGCGCCACGGCUCCCCCCCCCACCGCCUUAUUCGAGUCGAGACCCCUGGCCCCCCAGCUCCUCCGCCUGAGGAACGAAUCUCUGGACACCCCGCCAGCAGCGACAGGUUAGCAAUCCUAGAAGACUAUGCGGACCCUUUUGAUGUUCAGGAGACUGGCGAAGGCCCAAUAGGUGCUUCAGGAGCCCCAGAGAAGGUCCCUGAAAAUGACGGCUACAUGGAACCCUAUGAGGCACAAAAGAUGAUGGCUGAGAUCCGGGGCUCCAAGGAGACAGCAGCUCAACCCCUGCCUCUGUAUGACACACCCUAUGAGCCAGAGGAGGAGGGGGCCACCCCAGAGGGUGAGGGGGCCCCUUGGCCCCGGGAGUCCCGCCUGCCAGAGGACGAUGAGAGGCCCCCCGAGGAGUAUGACCAGCCCUGGGAGUGGAAGAAGGAGCGGAUUUCCAAAGCCUUUGCAGUUGACAUUAAGGUCAUCAAAGACCUACCUUGGCCUCCGCCCGUGGGACAGCUGGACAGCAGCCCCUCCCUUCCCGACGGGGACAGGGACAUCUCCGGUCCAGCCUCACCCGUCCCCGAGCCCGGCCUGGAGGAUGGCAGCGCCCAGUUUGAAGGAUCUGAGAAGAGCUGCCUGUCACCUGGCCGGGAGGAGAAAGGGCGCCUCCCUCCCCGACUCUCUGCAGGGAACCCCAAGUCAGCCAAGCCCCUAAGCGUGGAGCCCAGCAGCCCCCUGGGGGAGUGGACAGACCCAGCACUGCCUCUGGAAAACCAGGUCUGGUAUCACGGGGCCAUCAGCCGAACAGAUGCCGAGAACCUGCUCCGGCUGUGCAAAGAGGCCAGCUAUCUGGUGCGCAACAGUGAGACCAGCAAGAACGACUUCUCCCUGUCCCUCAAGAGCAGUCAGGGUUUCAUGCACAUGAAGCUGUCGCGGACCAAGGAACACAAGUACGUGCUGGGCCAGAACAGCCCGCCCUUCAGCAGCGUCCCUGAAAUCGUGCACCACUACGCCAGCCGCAAGCUGCCCAUCAAGGGUGCGGAGCACAUGUCCCUGCUCUACCCCGUGGCCAUCCGGACUCUGUAG